UGAAAAUCGAUGGGAGAAUUGAUUGUACUUCAAGUAUUGUAUUGUUUUAUUAUGUUUGAUUACUCAGUGCAUCCCAUAUAGGUACACUAUUUAAGUUCCACUUAUUGCUGUUUGAUAAACAUUAUUACUACAGUAAAUAAAUAUGAAGAAAUUACUGUAUUCAUUUGCUAUACUGUAUGCCCUUAGUCUAUGCCAGGCUACUUCUACAGAUAAACUGAAAGUCACUGUAUUCUUUGAGUCGCUAUGCCCAGGGUGCAGAUAUUUCAUUUUAACUCACUUGUAUCCAGUCUACUUGGAACUCGAAAGUUAUCUAGAGAUAGAAGUUGUACCUUUCCAGUGGUGCAGUGAAUAUGAAGGUAAAUGGACUUGUAGAUGUCAACAUGGUACAGAUGAAUGCCUUGGGAAUUCCUACGACAGCUGUGCUCUUGUCAACAACACAACAAAGGUAGCUUUAGAAUUCAUACAUUGCUUAGAACAGAAGAAGAUUUCAGAUGAAACGUUCCAGUUAUUUGUACCUCCAACAACGCUAGCACCGCCUUACCUGCCAAAAUUGCAUCGCUGCUAUUGGGAGGGACUUUGGUUACAGUAUGUCUAAUAUCUCACGGUUACUAUGAAAACUACUCACAUCCUUCAAGUAAGCGUAGUUCAGAUGGCUAUUGGAUAACAGAGAAUAAAUCGCCACGCCAUGAUUGGAGUUUGUAAGUAUAGUCAAAUACAACUUUUUAUUCUCUUCAUUCCAGGUAUACCAAGGUAGGUUACAUAGGAACACGUAAAAUUCAUUCGCCUAAAAUAAUAGGAUGCUGCGUCUAUCCGACCAAGUGUAAAAAUGUCACUGACAUAUAAAAUUAACGAUUAAUUACUUACAGAAUCAGAAUAUUUUUGUGCAUAAUAUAAGAACAGUACAGCUGAUGAUACCCAUAUCACCAGUAUUGUCAUAAAGUAGUAAUGCCCACCAUCUGCCUUAAAAACAAAUAAAAAGUGUUAAUUUUUUGAGUGAAGAGGGGUUUAAGGAAAAACGUUAAUAUACCAUUGCAUAGAAUGUAGUAGAAAUAUUUAUAGAGCAUAAAUAAGAUGACAAAAUGGUCAUUUACCGAGAUACAUGGAGUUGAAGUCAUCAUUUCGAUUAAAACGAGAUCUUAAAUUCUUGGAUGUUAAUUACAACAAAGGUUUUUUGGCUAUUAUUUUAUAUUCCCUGUCAUGAACUUUUUCGAAUAAUACGUCCGUAAUUUGGCAAUUUCUUUAACGAAAAGUUAAUCGCCACAGUCAAUUGAAUAUUUAUACAGCUAUAUACAGGGUAGGGUGUCUCACGAAGAACUGCAGCGAUCGAUUACUCGGAGUGGUGACGUGAGAUAGUUAUGAAAAUUUUGGGUUAUGGUAUAAUAGAUGCGUGACUAAAAUACUGUCAGAAUGUUGGCACUUGAUUGCAUCAAGUUGCUAUUUUGAAUCGAACACCAUGCACAUCUUUCAAACUUUGAAACCUUCACAAAAUUCUAUGUAUAACAUACCAAUACCUAGCCAAUUGUUUUUGAGAAAUAUCAAAUUUUGUGUAAAGAAUCACAAACGCAGGUCCAUAAAAGCCUGUUAGUAUUUUGUAUAUUUUUGCCCUUGUCCAACGAUGUUUCUCAUAGAAUAAUUAUAAUAUAGCGUGGUAAAAAAAUCAAACGAAAUAUUGCUAAAACAGGUAAAUAUUUCUCCUGUCUCAGUGACGGCACCACCGCAGGCCAGUUGGAGUUUCUCAUCCUUGCACAGUCGGCAGUGGCCUUCGCGACGAACCAACAUUUUCAACCAUCUUUUGACCAUGUCAUUAUUAAUUAUUAAGGAAUCAAAUGAAGUAUACUAAAGAAGACUUCCUUCUAUAAGGGACCAGUCAUAAAUCGUUCGACAAGCACAAAUAUAUACGAUAAAUUAAUAGGCUUUUAUGAACCUGCAUUUGUC